CGCCGGCGACAUUAAAUAACAAACAAUUCCGCGGGAAAGAGCAGCUUCCGGUCAACGCGAAAGAAACCUCAACCCGCUCCACUCAAAGUGACGACAAAAUGAGUCUGUGGGUGGACAAGUACCGACCCACGUCUUUGGGGAAACUGGACUAUCACAAAGAACAAGCGAGUCAGCUGAAAAACCUGGUUCAACGUGGCGACUUCCCACACUUGCUGGUCUAUGGUCCUUCAGGAGCAGGAAAGAAGACCCGCAUCAUGUGCCUGCUGAGGGAGCUUUAUGGAGCUGGUGUGGAGAAACUGCGCAUCGAGCACCAAACUAUAGUGGCCCCCUCCAAGAAGAAGAUUGAGAUCAACACCAUAGCCAGCAACUACCACUUGGAGGUCAACGCCAGCGAUGCCGGCAAUCAGGACCGCGUGGUCAUCCAGGAGCUGAUCAAGACGGUGGCCCAGUCCCAGCAGAUCCAGUCCAGCACGCAGAGAGAUUUCAAAGUGGUGCUGCUGACGGAGGUGGACCGGCUGACCAAGGACGCCCAGCAUGCAUUGCGGCGCACCAUGGAGAAGUACAUGUUCACCUGCCGCCUCAUCCUCUGCUCCACCUCCACCUCCAAGGUCAUCGGGCCCAUCAGGAGCCGCUGCCUGGCCGUCAGAGUCCCCCUGCCCAGCACCGAGCAGGUGUGCCAGGUCCUGACGGCGGUGUGCAAGAAAGAGGGUCUGCUCCUGCCGCCAGACUUGGCCCAGCGCAUCAGCCAGAAGUCUGGUCGUAAUCUCCGCAAGGCGCUGCUGAUGUGCGAGGCCUGCAGGGUGCAGCAGUACCCCUUCUCACCCGACCAGGAUGUCCCUGAGACGGACUGGGAGGCGUACCUCCGAGAGACGGCCAACGCCAUCGUCAGCCAGCAGAGUCCUCAGAGGCUGUUGGAGGUCCGAGCUCGGCUGUACGAGCUUCUGACUCACUGCAUCCCUGCUGACAUCAUCAUGAAGGGUCUGGUGACGGAGCUGCUCAACAACUGUGACGGGCAGCUGAAGACGGAGGUGGCACACAUGGCGGCGUACUACGAGCACCGCCUGCAGCUGGGCAGCAAGGCCAUCUACCACCUGGAGGCCUUCACCGCCAAGUUCAUGGCCAUCUACAAGAAGUUCAUGGAGGACGGUCUGGACGCCAUGAUGUUCUGAUGACACAUUAAAGUACACACCCGGGUGUUGUUGGCAGCAGCUUUAUUCUUUUCUACAUCCACACAAGACUCCACCCUCAGUACGCGUCCUUGCGUCUCCUGGUGGUGUAGUAGAGGACCAGGCCCAGCGACACCAGCCCCACCGACACCACCAGCGCCAGGAAGCCCACCAGGGGGCGCUUGAGCAGCCAGCUGCAGCCCGCACACCCCUGAGGGACGCCGCCGGGACACGUCUGGGCCGCCGCCCCCGGCACGGGGAAGCCGUUGUGUUGGAUGAUGUUGCGAUAGUUGGCCAGCGAGGCUUUGACCACCACUUCCUGCUGCACCUGGCCGUACAGCCCGAAGCCCGGGUCACGCUGGUCACUCAGGGCGUAGGCGAAGUAACCCUUCAACUUCACGCCGUCCACCGUGAACGCUGUGAGCACAACACACAAAACACCACAUUUUAACAACAAAACACCACAUUUUAACUACACAACACCACAUUUUAACUAAACAACACCACAUUUUAACUAAACAACACCACAUUUUAACAAAACACCACAUUUUAACUAAACAACACCACAUUUUAAUAACAAAACACCAUAAAACACC